UGCAGAUGAAUUAAGUAGAGGAUACUUUGCUGACAUUUCAGAGAUCCGUAAAAAUGGUGGUAAGGUCGCAUUGGCGAAUAAAACUAUCAUUCCAUCACUAGCAGCUGUUAAGUUCCCUGAUUUGGAAGUAAACUUUGUGGAUGGUAGAAGUUCAAAAUUACCCAUUAGUUCUGGACAAAGUGGAACUGGUACCAGCGAAAUUACUAUUCCUUGUGCAUCAUUAUUGUGUCUUUCCUUUCGAGCAAGCUCACAGACAAUGGCUGAAUCAUGGAGUAUUCCUUUUCUGGAUGCUUUUAGUGCUCUGGGAAGAAUCCAAAUAUAUGAGGUAUCAUUUAUAGACUCUUGGUUAUUGUCAUUGGGUCCAGUUCGGAAUUUGUUUCUCAAGAUGAUGAGGAAAUCCAACAAUCCCCAGAGACAAAUUGUUUAUGCAUUUGGUGACCACUACCAUUUCAGGAAAAAGCUUCGAAUAUUGAAUCUUCUCACGGGGUAUAUUUUUUUGCUUGAUAGGUUUGGCAGAAUUAGAUGGCAAGGUUUUGGCUCUGCAACACAGGAAGAGCUUUCAUCACUUAUGUCAUGCACGUCCCUUUUGUUAGAUGAGAAAUGAGGAGGAUCCUCUGCAUAAAUUGUGAAAAUUUGAAAUAGUUCAGACAUGAUUGUUUUGGACCCAUUGGAUUGGAACUGCCCAUGAUGUGAAAGUAUCCGAUAAUAUGAUGAAGCAGGGAUACCAGAUACAGUUUUUCUUACCACAUAUCAGCAAUUAGUUUCAUGCUGUUGGACAUUCAAUGAAAUAUAUUUAUUUAUACUACCUUAAUUAAAAUACUCAUAUGGCUGUCCUGUUUGUGUGGGUGUCAGGCUGGGGCCAGGCCUGUGUAGAGAGCUUCGGCAUGUUACGCGAGGGGAGUCUGCAUUCUGGGUUAUGAUUGCGGGAAACAAACUUUUCAUCCAACUAAAAGUUUUUUGUAUUGGAUUCCUAUAUCUGUGAUCCAAAUUGAUGUGUAUGACCACAAACCUUCAUUGCAUUCCAUUUCGUGGUCCUUUUCAAUGACACAGAUAUGUGUAAGGAUGGGACCAUCACACAAGUUUCAGAUGGCCACUGGGAUAUAAAUUUUGGCAACUUUUGGGGAGCUUUUAUGCAGUAGAGGAUGCUGAUAUCGUGUGGCAAUUAGCUCCAAGAAGUUGGGUACCAAUUUGCAACAUUAACCAGUUAUUUAAUUGUUAUAUGUUGCUGCAGAGGCUGCUGAUAUGCUAUGGCAAUUAGUUCUAAAAAGUUGGGUGCCAAUUCACAACAUUAACCAGCUAUUUGAUUAUUAUGUGCUGCUGUGAGUCUCAUAUAUGAGAUUAAAUGUACAUUGUGCAGUGUUUAAGUCAUUUCAUGAACAUUAUAAGAUAUUGUGCUAGAUGUCCAGGAGAUUUAAAACCAUGACCAAUAAACUCAAUGGGUGACGCCAGGUCCCACUGCUGCUCGAU